CAUGGUCCGCGCUUGGGGAGAACUUACGAGUUUGACAUGAAGAUGGAGGCGGCUGGAAAAAGUCAAGAACUUCUAGAUUCUGAAGUCCCUCCUCAGGUCCCACAGCAAAGAGUGGAUACUCAGGUAGAGGAAGAACUACAGACGCCUCCUCUGAAGGACGGAGCGCAGGACACCCCAGACUCUUCCGGGCUCUCCUCCAUGCCUUGCCUGCUGAAGGAACUGCGGAGGGACUCUUCGGAGUCCCAACUAGCGUCUACCGAAAGCGACAAACCGACGGCCGGUCGCGUUUACGAAAGCGACUCCUCAAACCACUGCAUGCUUUCCCCUUCUUCCAGCGGCCACUUAGCCGACUCGGACACACUGUCUUCCGCCGAAGAGAACGAGACGCGUCGCCCGCAAGCAAUAACCGAAGCCUGCGACGGGGCCGCGCAAGGCGUCGCGGGCGGCCGCAAGUCCAGGAGGUCGCGGUCGGAGAGCGAGACGUCCACCAUGGCGGCCAAGAAGAACCGCCAGUCCAGCGACAAGCAAAACGGCAGGGUGGCCAAGGUCAAAGGUCACCGGAGCCAAAAGCACAAGGAACGGAUCCGGCUGUUGAGGCAGAAGAGAGAGGCCGCCGCGCGGAAGAAGUACAACCUACUGCAGGACAGCAGCACUAGCGACAGCGACCUCACCUGCAACUCCAGCACGAGCUCGUCCGACGAAGACGAAGAGGUCUCAGGGAGCAGUAAGACAAUCACAGCCGAGAUACCAGACGGCCCUCCGGUAGUAGCCCACUACGAUAUCUCCGACACGAAUUCAGACUCGGAAGUGGUUAACGUCGAUAACAUGCUCGCGGCGGCCGCGGUGCAGGAGCCCAGCUCCCAGACGAAGCCGGAGAAUCUGGCGUCCUGGCGCACGCGGGGGCUUCUGGAAGAGCUCAACGCAGAACCAGCCGAGUUGGACCCGGGGUUGCCUUCUUGUGAUAAAAUACCUGCCAGCACUGCACAAAAUAACGAGGGAGCCCACGAUGCAUCGUCGGGCAGCGAGGUGGAGAUCGUGGGCAUCCAAGAACACGCGCGGUUUGUUCACCCCCGCGGCGGCGUCAUACAGAGCGUGUCCUCCUGGAAACACGCGGCCGGCCCUCAGUACCACAGCUCGCACCAGCCUCCGUCGUGGACGGCAGUGACGCCGCAGCAGACCUGGACGUCCCCCCCAGAGGUUGUCGACCUGACGCUGGACGAGGAUACGAGGCGCAAAUACUUACUGUAACGUCGGCCCCCCUGUGCUUUCUGUCCCUCCUUCCCGCGGCACAAAAUAUUCCUCAUGCGGUUUUGUUCUCUUCCAGGAGCCAAUAACUCAUUUUCUGGGCGACUUCUCUAUGAAGUCCGGCUAAACCGGCCUAGCGGACGCCCCGGCACCAGAACGCCAGUUCCAUAGAAGCCAUGAGUAGAAGCACUUUCCUCGUUCCCACGGUGACCCUUCUAAAAACACAAUAUAUAUAUAAUAAUACUGUAAACGUAACAUAACGAUACUUCCCCGGCACGCAGGACUCGGAGGUCCCUGCAUCACCCCACCUGCCCCGUCUCCCGUCCCGAUGUUCCGAACUGUGUGGAGACAUCACGGCCGCCCCGCUGAACGCGAGUCUUUAAAGUAGGUCGCUGAUAGUUUAUGGCGUUCUGAUCCGGGUGCCCGGCCGCGGCUUAAUAAUUCAUGUUAGGCGACCCGGAGGAAAGUUCACUCCCGGGGUACAGAGGUCUCACGUUUUACUUAGUCUGACCUUGUGCUGGGGACAGUCGGCAGCUAUACCAAGCUUUAAUACACGAGCGCGGGUAAUAACCCACUGCGGCGCAGAUAGCUGGAUAGCCGGGCCAGGGUUCCUCACCGGGUUCUUGGGGAUUUGGGGAAGAACGCUGGAGACUUGGCACUUAUGGAUCCCAGGAGAUCUAAGCCUGACUUUGGAAGACCCCAGGGCCUCGG